GGCAAGCAAGAAAGCGCAGCGUUUUGGUCAGCGUUCCCUUCGGUGCCGCUGGCUUUUGGGCUCCGAUGGUGUGUUGUUUUUGCGUCCGUGAAAUGAGCCCAAACUAAGUGCUGAAAAACGGUUUUGUUUGAAAGAAAAGCAAAAAAAAGCCCCCUUUUUUUCGAGUGGAAGCGAGCGUGAGUGUGUGCGCGUGCGUGCGUGUGUGUAUGUGUGCCUGGGGUUGUGUGCGCAGAAGUUCGCGCGGGUGUGCUAUUCAAAGUGUUCAAAGUGUGGCGUGGAAUGUGCACCCAAAAAGCCACCCAAACACGUACCUGGUGCAUGUAUGGUGGCGUGUUGGUGGCUAUAGUAUCCCGAAAGUGAGCAGGAAAAAAAGUGAUUUCCGUGAAAUAAUACGGUGGCCACAGUGGUGGGGCACAGUUGGGGAAGAAAAGCAAGCACCCAAAAUUCACGGUGCAUGGUGGUGAAUUAAAAAAAGAAAAGUAAAGAAGGCAAAAAUAACGUGUGUUUUGUGUGCCGCGUCCGAUGGCUUUGUGUGUUUGUGGUGCGGUUUUGGUGGGCUGUGUCGUACUACAAUCGGUCGCUAGUGUACCUCCAGGCGAGAGUGUGUGAGUGUACCACCAACACGCACGUACAAUCGGUCGCCGGUAAAAUAUCGCCGGCGUGUGCUGUGCUAUCAACCAGCAAACAAAAAAAGAAAAGAAAGGAAACACAACGAUAACACCCACCCACCCACCACCCACGCUGAUCUGUUGGGUAUCACGUCCUGACGUUUCCACACGUCCCGAGGUCCUGGUGCCGGGGCAAUGGGUGCCCAGCAGGUGAAGGAACGUCCGGUCGGAACUACUUCUUCUACCCUCGGUGCUGGCAGCUCGAUUCGAUCCAGCCGGAGCAAACCCCGUACGUCGAAGGAUGCACGGACCCUUGGCUCGAACAUCUUCACUGAGCAUAGCGAGGCAUUAUUACAAUCGCGCCCGUUACCACACAUCCCACCACCGGGAAGCUUACUGCCGACGGAUCUGCUCACCCAGAAUCAGGAUGGGCCGGAAAACCACACCGGAACGAUGCACUCGCAGGGCAGCUCGAACACCGCCCAGUCCAGCUUCGAAACGGCCAAUCGGUGGACGUCCAAAGAGAACCUGCUGGCACCAGGACCCGAGGAGGACGAUCCUCAGCUGUUUGUGGCCCUGUACGACUUUAAGGCUGGCGGUGAAAAUCAACUGAGCCUGCGCAAAGGCGAACAGGUGCGGAUACUGUCGUACAACAAGUCCGGCGAAUGGUGUGAGGCUCACUCGGAUUCGGGCCACGUUGGUUGGGUGCCGUCGAAUUACGUGACACCGUUGAAUUCGCUGGAAAAGCACUCCUGGUAUCAUGGGCCAAUUUCGCGCAAUGCCGCCGAGUAUCUGCUCAGUUCCGGCAUCAACGGAAGCUUUCUGGUGCGUGAAAGCGAAAGUUCCCCAGGCCAACGGAGCAUUAGUUUGCGGUAUGAUGGUCGCGUCUAUCACUACCGGAUCUCGGAGGACUCGGAUGGGAAGGUUUACGUGACGGCUGAUGCAAAGUUUAACACGCUGGCUGAGCUGGUGCAUCAUCAUAGUGCGCUGCAUGAAGGACAUGGCUUGAUCACGCCGCUGCUGUAUCCGGCACCGAAGCAGAACAAACCGACGGUGUUCCCGCUUAGUCCGGAACCGGACGAGUGGGAAAUUUGCCGGACGGACAUUGUGAUGAAGCACAAGCUGGGCGGAGGUCAGUACGGUGAGGUGUAUGAGGCUGUGUGGAAGCGGUACUGCAACACGGUUGCGGUGAAGACGCUCAAGGAGGAUACGAUGGCGUUGAAAGAUUUCCUGGAAGAGGCUGCUAUCAUGAAGGAGAUGAAACAUCCAAACCUGGUGCAGCUAAUAGGCGUCUGCACACGCGAACCACCGUUUUACAUCAUCACCGAGUUUAUGAGCCAUGGCAACUUACUCGACUUUCUGCGCACCGCUGGCCGAGAGACGCUAGACGCGGUGGCGUUACUGUACAUGGCCACGCAGAUCGCAUCCGGCAUGAGCUAUCUCGAGAGCCGGAACUUCAUCCACCGCGAUUUGGCCGCACGAAACUGCCUAGUCGGUGACAACAACUUAGUGAAGGUGGCUGAUUUCGGGCUGGCCCGAUUGAUGCGUGACGAUACGUACACGGCCCACGCUGGGGCUAAAUUUCCCAUCAAAUGGACGGCACCCGAGGGUCUGGCGUACAACAAGUUCAGCACCAAGUCGGACGUGUGGGCCUUCGGUGUGCUGCUGUGGGAGAUUGCGACGUACGGCAUGUCGCCGUACCCGGGCAUCGAUCUGACUGAUGUCUUCCACAAGCUCGAGUCCGGUUACCGCAUGGAGCGUCCGCCAGGUUGCCCUCCGGAGGUGUACGACCUGAUGCGAAAGUGCUGGCAAUGGAAUGCUCAAGAUCGGCCGACCUUCAAGAGCAUCCAUCACGAUCUCGAGCACAUGUUUCAGGAAUCCUCCAUUACCGAAGCGGUUGAAAAGCAGUUGCAAGGGGUCGGCGUGAUACCGAUGCAGCUUACACCGCAGAUGAACAAGAAGCCUCACAUGGGGAUGCAGCAGCAACAGCAGCAGCAGCAGCAGCAACAACAAUUGCUACCACCUCCUCCCCAGCAGCAGCAACAGCAACAGCAGUCGCAACAUGAACCGGCAAUAACUCCCAUCUCUGAUUCGGGAUCCGGCUCUAAAUUCAGCACAUUUGGAAACAAACAACCGGCUACCGCCGGAGUGCAGAUGCGACGGACAACGAACAAGCGUGGCAAAACGGCCCCAGCUCCACCAAAGAGAACAAGUCUGCUCUCGUCUAGCCGUGAUUCGACGUACCGGGACGAUGAUAAUUGCAGGCUCGGAGAUGGCGAACAAAAUGCUAAUGGUACUACUAUUCCUAUCACAAAAUCGUGCUCUUGCAGUAGUUUUCUUAUCGAUAAGCUGUUUCGAGGGUUUACGCGAGACAUGGCCAAUCUCAUGAAUCGUGCCACAGACUCCGAGAAUGAGCAAACAGAAGUUACGCCUGACACCGACACGGAGAAUCCGGAACCGAUCGGCUUUCAGAAAACGCCACAGCAAAGCUCCUUCAAACGGGCUCCGAUCAUGGGAAACCGUGGCUUGGAAACCCGAGGCAGCAAGCGGUUGCCACAGCAGGCACGCCGUGAUCCACUGCCGCCCGGAAUAGGAGCACAACCGUUGAUUGGUCCUGAACAACAACUCGUAGUCGGAGCCUUGGAGGUUCAAAACGUGAAGAAAGCCAUCAACCGGUUUGGCACGCUGCCUAAAGAUGCAAGAAUAGGAGCCUAUCUCGAGUCUCUGCGUCAAAGUAAUGGAACCGUAGUUCAGCAAUCGCCAGGAACGGCACAGCAGCAGCUGUCUCAACAGCAGCAUCAAGCGAUGCAAAUGCAGAACUCGGCCCAGAUGCCAAUGGGUUCGAACACUGGCAUGCCACUGGUUUCAGAUCCUCCGCCACCACCGAUGGCCGCGGCGAAUGCGAUAUCAAACAGCAUACUAGCACAACGGAAUGCGGCAGCCGUUAAAGCAGCACAACCGCAGAUGAUACGUAGCAAUUCCUCGAGCGGGGUGACCAUGUCCAACUCGGCCACAGCUAGUCUUUCAAAGUUACAGCGCCAUCGCACGACAACGGAUGGCUCGAUGAUGACGUUUUCGUCCUUUCGCGGGACGGUUGGAAACAAUAGUCCUAAGCGCGCCGUUCAGCCAACUCUUGCCGAUCUCGAAUUCCCGCCACCACCCGUCGAUCUGCCGCCUCCACCAGAGGAGUUUGAUAUGCCAUUCGAUCAGCGAGGAGGAGGUGGUGGCAUGAUGGAGAAAACGAUGGCCCCAUCGAACGAUGUGCGCAACACGGAACCAAGCGUCGAAGAGGCGAGCUCACGGUUCGGUGUGAGCUUACGCAAACGGGAACCGUCUACGGAUUCCUGCAGCUCACUGGGCAGUCCGGCCGAUGCUAUGAUCAAUCCAGCGGGAGAUCCCUCGAUGCUUCCAAUGCCACCUCCACCUCCGGCCAGUGCGAAGGAACUUAAAGCUGAUACCAAGCGAGGAGUGACAAAUGUGCCAAAGUGUUUACCACCGGGUGCUGGUGAUGCUGGUGGGGGUAAAAAAUCUGUCGGUGCCAGUGGCAUACCGCUGCACGGCACUUCCGAUCCAGCGUCACAAUUAGUCAGUGAGCUGGGUGAAUCGGUACAUUUACCAAAGGCGCCCUCACCGCUGUCCGCAACCUUGGAAUCGCAGCAGCCAAUAUCGCACUACAAAUCAUCGGACGUCAGCUCGUUGCGCAAGCCGGUCACGAUGUCCAAAUCCACCAUUCUGCCGUCGUCCAGUGCUUCGGCAUCGGAAAACUUCAAUUCCAAUGCUCAGCCACCGUUCAAAGCCCAACUGAAGAAGGUUGAUGCCGGAAAGCGUAUUCCUGCCCAAGCAACGAAAAAGGAGGAGAACGCUGGGGGCAUCAUUGAUUUUAAGUCACGGUUGCGCAAAGUCGAUCAAAACAGUGCGGAAGUGUCUAGCAAUGGUGGGAAUGUUGGUGGUGAUCUCGCGGAAUCUGCAACGACUGUGGACAAUAAUAAUAAACAUCAUCCGGGCAACAGCGCGCAUAGUAUUCACAAUAACAACACCAUCAAUACGACCAUUUCCAGCAAUAGUAAUGGCAAUAUCAUAAACAACAAUGACAAUUCGGCGUCGUCCUCCUCGUCGGAAAAUGAAACCCAUCGAACGCAGAAAAAGGGCGACACGGGGACGAUGAUGGUAACGAGGAAUGGCACCGCUCUGUCAGGCAAAAACAAUCAAGACCCAAGCAGUAAGCUGCUGCUGGAUAAUAAUGAAUUCAACUCACUGAAGCUGAAAAAGACCAGUGCAGCUGCGUCGACGAUAGUGACGGGCUCGGCCCCGAUCGAUAGUAAUAAGGUGAUCGAGCUGAAAAAGACUGAAAUAAAGAUCGAACUAAGUGACGAUCGGAAGCGUGAAAGUUUGGAAGGCAACUCGCUCAAAGUGGACAGUGGUGGCGGUAGCGGUGAUAAUCUCUCUACUGGAAGCAGUGGAGCCGGUGGCGAGGACGGUGACGGAAAACGCAAAAGUACCGGCAGUAUUAGCAGCCUCAAGAAGCUGUGGGAAGCGAAGGAAUCUCCGAACGAUCAGCUGAGUGCCCAGCUGAGUCCGAAGAUGGGUACGAAAAGUGCGGCCAACAUGGUCCCGAAAAUGAACAAUAAUCUGGAAGCGGAUGAUGGGACCGGAGAAACGAUUCACCAGCCACAGGAUGCGCAGCAGCCCUCGAAUGUCAGCCCUGCUGGUUGCGUUUCAACGGGGACAUUAGGAAACAGCAAAAAACCAGCCGUCCCGAUGAAGCCAUCCAAAUUCUCUUCCAUUUACGCAACGCCGGUGCAAAAUAUGAUGCAAUCGACAUCGUCCAUAUCGACAACGGGCUCGGGCGGUGGAACACCGGCCACUUACAGUACCGGUUACUCCAAAUCGAUCGACAACGCCAACUUACAAGACAAAUCGGCCACAACGACAGCGCCUUCCUCGGUACCAGUCGCAUCGCCGAUGCCUCCUGCAACAGGUGGACGGGAAAACAUUCUGGAGCUGGUGCUGCAGCUGCAGAGCGGGUUGAAAUUGCCUGUCGCCAACAUUUCCGCCACACAGUGGUUGGCGCUGAGCGAUCGGCUUAAUUCUUUGCAGUCCUGUUGCGUUACGUUUGCUGACAACGAAAGCCUGCCUCCGCAUGCCAAAUUUCACUUCAGAGAGCUAGUCACGCGGGUGGAGAACCAGGCACGGUCAUUGCGCUCCGCCAGCAAUAAGAACGUUCAAGACAACGAAAAACUCGUCCAAGAAGUCGGCCAAUCACUGAAGCAGAUAUCGAACGCACUGCACAGGUAA